GUGCCUUCCCCAGAAUUUAUUUACCUGGGUUUGUACGAUUCGAAGGAAAAUUUGAUUUGCAUUAACUCUUCCUUACAUUAUUGUUUUCUCGGUUAUAUACCCUCCAGAGUAGAAUGAAUUCUAUAUCAGAAUCCAGAACAUAUUUGUGUCAAUUAUUGAGAUAUAAACGGACACAAAGGAUGUUUUCAACUGUAAGCCCUGAACGAAUAAAAAGUGCUUUGAAAUACUGUAAGGAUGUGGUAAGACAAAGGGACUAUGAAGGCUACCUUUCAGUUCCUUUUUUCCCUUCCCAUUUGAGGGACACGCAAUACGCGAUUAGAGCAUUCAAUGUGGAACUUGCUUCUGUUAGAGAAAAUGUGACUAAAGUAGAGAUCGGCAAAAUGAGGAUGCAAUUUUGGAAAGACACAAUUGACAAGACCUUUGCA